AUGGAUCGCAGCUUCGAUAUCACGACGGACACGGGCUCUGCCUCGAUCCACGGCGGCAUCAUUCCCUUGGAACCCCUCAAUCCUAAAGCGAAGCUAAGAACAGCCAAUCAAGCCAGCACCAGCAAUGGCAGCGAUGCGCAGUUGAACCCCCCAGCCCCGGAAGAAGAAAAUGCCCCAAGAGCACAGGACUCAGGUGGCCUGGGAAUAUCCAAGACCAGAGGUGUAAUUGUCAUCGUCACUCUUGCAGGCAUCAGCUUUCUCAAUACCAUGGGCUCUGGCAUUCUCAUCGCUGCGCUUCCCAAAAUCGCUGACGACGUUGGCCUUUCCGAGAACCUCAUCCUCUGGCCCGCAGCGGUGUAUGCGCUCGCAGCUGGAUGCCUACUACUCAUCUUUGGCGCGAUUGCGGAUGUUGUCGGGGCCAAAUUGAUGUGGGUUACUGGGAGUUUUCUGUUUGUGGCUUUCACACUGGCUGUUGGCCUUGCUCAGACGGGCAUUCAGGUCAUUCUCUUCAGGACAUUGCUCGGAGCCUCUAUAUCGAUGUGCUUGCCUACAGCUGUCAGCUUGAUAGCAAACACCUUCCCCAAAGGACCUUGGAGAAAUGUUGCGUUUGCCAUCAACGGCAUGGGCAGUCCUCUUGGCUACGCCCUCGGUCUUGUCCUUGGAGGUAUCUUCACCGAUACAAUCGGCUGGAGAUGGGCCUACUACAUGAGCGCAAUCAUCAACUUUUGUCUAUCGACAGGCGCAAUCUGGUCGCUUCCCUCUGUGUAUACACCCUCUGAGCGAAAGUGGACGACUCGCUUGUUGCAUGAGAUUGACUGGGUCGGAGCCACCACCAUGAGUGUUGCGCUCGGCAUGCUGCUCUAUGUCCUUGCCAUGAUCUCAUCAUCAUACAAGAGACUGGAUGACCCCCAAAACAUUGCCCUUCUAACAGUCGCAAUUAUCAUGUUGGCUGCAUUCCCCUUCUGGAUGGACUAUCAAGUCAACCGCGGAAAGCCAGCCUUGAUACCCAACAGCCUCUGGAAGAACCGGUCUUUCACAUCAGUUUGUAUCGCUGUCUUCCUGUGCUGGGCUUCGCUGAAUGGUAUUGAAUAUUUCACAACGCUAUACUUCCAAAAAGUUGAGGGCCUGUCGGCUCUAGAGAGCUCCCUUAGGUUUCUGCCGCAUGUCAUCAUGGGCGUAGCAGUCAACAUAAUCACCGGCUUCCUCAUAGCAAAAGUAAAAGUUCGCACACUAGCUGUCGUCUCAGCACUUGUGACAAUGGUAGCUGCGCCUCUGAUGGCGACCGUUGAUGUCGGUGAGAACUACUGGCUUGCUCCGUUUUGGGCCAUGUUCCUUUCACCCGUCAACCCAGAUGUACUGUUUACUGUGUCGAACCUCGUGAUAUCUGAUGCCUAUCCCCCGGAGAUGCAGUCCCUUGCUGGUGGUGUCUUCAACGAAGUAGCUCAAUUCGGCAACUCUGUCGGUUUAGCCAUCACAGCUGCAAUCGCUGCUUCAUUUACAGAGCAUUCUAACAUCACGGAACGCCAAGAGGCUUUAAUGAAGGGUUAUCGGGCUGCGUUUUGGACCAUCUUUGCCAGCUGCAGCACCGUCACCAUUGUAGUAUGGCUUGGUUUGAAGAAGGGCGGUAUCGUUGGAAGGAAGCAGGAUUAA